UUCCUGCUGUUCUACAGACCAUGACCUCCAGCCUGAAGAGUUUCAUCCACUCCUUGGACCCAAAAUCACUCCCGAGAAUCCUGCAGAUCCAGUCUGGUUUUUAUGAUGAAGGUUCAGCUCAGGAAAGGCUUGGUCUUGAAUGCUGUUUGUCAACAGGAGAUGUGAUUAAAGUUGUUGGAUUAAAAGUUGAAAAAAUCCUCGCUAGCAACCAAGAAAAUGAAGAUACUAGCCUGUGUCCUACUACGGUAGAGCUAUCUCCACAUUUUCCAGCUCUUUGCAGGAUAGUGGCUGAUAAAACACCAUAUGCUAAUGUUGAAGAAAUCGUGCGAAGAAAUUUGAUUGGGCCCACCCCGUUGCAACAGCCUUGCUUCUAUUGCUCCAAGGAUGUAAAAGUAGGAAAUCUGACCAUCGAACAGGGGGAGAAGAUCAUAUUUAGCUCUGUGGAAGAAAACAACAGGAUAUUGACAGUAAAUUGUGAAAUCAUCCGGGAUGGCAAGGCACAGUCCGUUGUCUUGCCACUUUCACAAGAAGGAGACUUCUAUGAAUGGGAAGAUGACCAGCUCUACACCCUGAAAGAGGUCGCUGAAUGGAAGAUCCCUAAGGGCAGAAGUCGGAGUGUGACAUUUAGCCAUACCUGCAGUGCUGCUGACUCUACCAGAUUGCUUUCUAUGGGCUGCAGUGGUUGUGUUGUUCUAGCACCGAUAUAUGCAGUACAAGCAGUGAUGAAAUUUCAAAAAGAGAUCGUUCAAUUCCUUUCUGAUUUAGAUGUUGAAGUCAAAGAUGUAACGGACUGUUAUAAUGUUAGCACUUUCCUUCAGCCAGUAUCAAUGGAAGAUAUACUGGAAAUGAUGUGCAAGGAAUUUCCAGUUGUUGUUGCAGCAAUUGAAGGUUCCACUGGAAAUAAACACUUUGGUAAUUUAUUGUGUCCGGGUAGAGAAAUUGUAGUUUACAAAAAGUGUCUGGCAACAAGAAUCUUAGCAUCUGAAAUCAAGAGCAGUUCCUACAAAAGACACUUUUUAAUUCCUACCAGCUACCAAGGGAAGUUCAAAAGAAGACCCCGAGAAUUUCCAACUGCCUAUGAUCUAGAAAUAGCAAAGAGUAGCAAGGAGAAGCUUCAUGUUAUAGCCACCAAAGCUUUUGAGUCUCCUUACAAGGAGCUAUGUUCUGUUUCUGCUGGAGACCAGUUCCUCAUUCCCCAGCACCAGACAAGUGAAGAUGUCAACCUGGGAAGGCAGAAAGUAGAGAAUGCUUUGGCCUGUGAACAAGUGCUAUUGGAAAAUAAAACCCGAAAGAAUGUACUUCUUCCAGUGUUCAUGGAAGGGGGCUUUGUUGAAAUUCUCCAUGACAAGAGACAGUAUUCACUUUCAGAGCUCUGCAAAGACUUCCGCUUUCCAUUCAAUGUCAAAGUCUCCAUAAGGGAUCUUUCUGUCCAGGAGGACAUUUUGGCUGGUGUAUCAUGCCUGCAGCUUGAAGAGGAAAUCAUAGAUUCUUUCUUGUUAAUCAGCAGUUUCAACAACCCCACAGAAAUCUGGGAAGCUCCUGUGCAUCGUUUAAAUAUGUCCUUCCAGUUGCUGAGCAAACAUGUAGAAGACAUCAAGUAUUUCCCAAUAAAGUCUACCGUGGAAGAGAUAACAGAAGAACAGUAUUACAUGUUGAGGAGAUAUGGAAAUCAAGCUACAAACCCGCCACCCAGACCCCCUAAAACCCACAGGACAGAAGCAUGCAAGAUACCUGUUCGCAUCCUACCGGCUCAAAGUGAUUGUGGUACACCAAAACCUAAAAAGAAUCUCUGUGCAAAUGCUGUGAAGAAGCAGCCCUCGAAUCUAGCUGAAGUGGUGUUGGGCUCGCAGUAUCGUUGUCAGAGUGAUUUGGAGUGGCAGAAGAGCACGGAGGCCACGGCUGGGACAACUACUUUGGCAGAAGAUUCAUCAAGGAAUCUGCUGAAGAAGUGCAUAGAAGAAAAGGAACCAAAAGCUGGACAUGGCUUUCAUGAUAAAGAUGAAAAUGUUGUACAAGGCAUUACAAAAAAAGAUCCGGGAGAGUACAUUUAUUAAUAAAAGAACCCAUUAAGGAAGAGAAGAAAAAGUGGGUGUCUUGUGAUUAGCUAAAGCAGAGAAAAUGUUUUCAGAUUUUCCUUUCAGACUGAUAAUUUAAUGAAUUUGCUGCCAUGCUUUUUUAAGAAUACAGACAAGAUGGAACUAGGAUACCAUACAUUUUAUUACUGAUUUUUCUUAAAAGAGCAAAGCCUGAACAAUUAAUCUCCAAGCUUAUUAAAUCACCAAUUCUUGCUUGGCAAAAGGUUCAUGCUGUCCCAAAUUAGCCUUACACUCCUUAAUACGGGUAUUUCCAGAAUAAACAAUAAAAGACAAAAGAUAGUGUGAUGGUGCUGAUGGCUCAACUAGAUUACAGGUCAGUGAUCACAACCUUGCCAGCCUUCUUGCCUACAUCCUGUUCUCUUUUCUCAUUAAUGUAUUUAGAAUGCCUCUUAUUAAAUAGUCUCUCUCUGUCAUAUUAUCAUUAGUUAUGCUUCUGUCCUCGGUGUCCUUUGCUUCCUUAUUUGUUGUUCUGUAACCAGAUCCUGUCCCCUUGUAUCUGUAUUACCAUGUGGGUGCUUUUAAAAUAUAUAUGAAAAUUAAGAUUCUGCCAUUGCUCAAGCAUGCCUGGAAUUCACACUUUCCUUAAUUCCAGAUGUGUACAGCUAGUUGGGAUUAUGCAAUAGCUGAGAAAGCCACUAUGUGCAUGAUCAGGGUCCCAAAAACAGGUGGAGCUACGCACCCACUCACAAAAAAGUUGAGUUGCCAUUCAUUAAUCAUGAACCACUGCAAUGUCUGAGCAGCCCUGAAGAUGACAGUGUGGGAGAAGACAGGUCCUCCAUCAGUUCUCGUGUAUAAGCCUUGUUUAAUAGUUGCUGGCAGUGAGGGAGACCUGGACUACAUGGCUGGGCCAUGAUUUGCACCGUGGAAUGUAAUAAGUUCAAGCUAAAUAAGGAAACAAGGAGAUACUGAAAACAUUUGUUCUGGCAUGCUGGAAAGCAGCCUCUGGUCCAUCUUCAUGUAUUUCUGUAGUCCUUUUCUGGGAAAAAAAUAAUUAAGAGUGAUGGCCAUUGGGUUAGUUUGGGUGGAAUUAUAAGCCAUAGUUUAGCAUUACAAAAAGGAACCACAGCAAGCUUCAGUUUCAUGCUCUUCUUACUCUUUUUUAAAAUGUGAUGUAAUGUAUUCUUUUCUUAAAACAAAUAAAGUACAGAAAGGAAGAAAUAUAAUAAUGCCAAGGGAUCUUUCACAAAUAAACAAUAUACAUUCAUUACCUGCAAAUUCCCCCAAAAGCCAAUUAGUACUUCACUGAGGCUUACAAAAAAGAUAAUUAUUUUCUCUAAACCAAUACAUUUUCCAAUCACUUCAAAUCAAUUAUAAAUAAUCAACAAUAUUUUAUGACCUUCCUUUUUUCUAUAUUACCUGCAUAUAAUGAAAUUUCCAUUUAUCAUUAAAUUCUUCAAUCAAUCUACUGUUUACAUAAUUAGUUAAUUUUGCCAUCACUGUGUAUGCUGCCAACUUGUUUUCCAAUCUUCAGUUGUUGGACAUUCUGCUGUUUUUCAUUUAGAAGCAAUUAUAAUUCUUGCUGCAGUUGCCAUAAUUUAAAUAACUCUGACAUAUUCUUUGAAAAAGUCUCUGGCAUUAUAUUCAUAAGCAUUUUCUUAGGACUCCUAGGAAAGUUAAUUUUGAAGGUUUUUUGUAUUUCUGUAUGUAUCAACUUCUAAAACCUUUUAAUUUUGUUACAGGUCCACCACAUAUGAUAGAAAGUUCCAUCUACUUUUUU